GUUCAUAAGUUCUCACUUCCGAUUAUUUUCUCGAGCCACAUUUCGCCAGACUUUGCAACAAAUCACGAAAGAAACAUUAGGUUUAUGAGUCAGAAUGCCACCAAAGAAGAAUGAACCUGGCAAAAAGACAAUCGAGAAGAAAAAAGAAAAGGUUAUAGAGGACAAAACUUUUGGUUUGAAAAACAAGAAGGGAGCCAAACAGCAAAAGUACAUACAGAAUGUCACUCAGCAGGUCAAGUUUGGAAACCAGAAGGCCAGUAAAUUGGCACAGUUGGAAGCAGAGAAGGGUAAAAAGAAAUUGGACAAGAAAAAGGAAGCAGAAGAACUGAACACUUUGUUCCGGCCAGUACAAACAAUCUCCAAAGGUGCUGAUCCCAAAUCUGUGUUGUGUGCAUUUUUUAAACAAGGACAGUGCUCUAAGGGAGCUAAAUGUAAAUUUUCACAUGACCUGAACAUUGAUAGGAAAGGCGAGAAGAUCAAUAUAUACGCUGAUUCAAGGGAGGAUGAUACAAUGGAGAAUUGGGAUGAAGAUCAGCUCCGAGAUGUGGUUAACAAAAAACAUGGAGAACAUGAAAAGUCACUACCCAAAACCACAAUUAUAUGUAAAUAUUUCCUGGAAGCUGUGGAAUCAAGCAAAUAUGGCUGGUUUUGGGAAUGUCCAAAUGGAGGGAAGAAAUGUCACUACAAACACUGUCUACCCCCAGGUUUUGUUUUAAAGAAAGAUCAAAAGAAAGAAGAGAAAGGAGAAACAAUUACGAUAGAGGAGUUAAUUGAAAAAGAGCGUGCAGCACUUGGUGGUGGAACCACAAAAGUCACGUUAGAAUCAUUUCUUAAGUGGAAGGAAAGAAAGAGGAAAGAGAAGAUUGAGCAGGCUAAAGCUGCUCAAGAGAAGAAGAGAGCUGACUACAAAGCUGGCAAGGCAUUUGGAAUUAGUGGAAGAGAGAUGUUUGAAUUUAACCCUGACCUUGUGGGUGAAGAUGACGAUGAGGCCACAGAAGGGGCAAUAGAAAGAGAGCAGGAUUCAGAUGAUGAGGCUGAAGAGAGAGUGAAGGUGCAUGAUAUAAACCUUGAGUAUUUAAUGUCAGAGGCCCAAGAAUCUGAUGGCUCAGGAACCGUGGUUACGGAGCGCAAGUUUGAGGUCUCCUCAGGGGCAGGAGGAGAGCCUUCAUCAGCGAUGUCUAAUAAAACAGAUGAAUCUAAAAAGCUGGAUGAAGCAGCUGCACUACCUGCAGAAGACAAGCCUGCCACAGAAACGGACGCCGCAAUAGCUGCCGCGAUGGCUGCCACAGUGAACGGUGAGGAGGUGGAGAUUGAUGAGGAACUUUUUGGUGGUGAUGAUAUUGACGAUGUGGAAGAUGAACUAGACACUCUCGAUCUAGAUGAUGAAUAGCAGUAGUCUCCCUUGAAUUAUUUAUCUGUUCUCUGUUUUCCUCAGAUUAAAUGCCUUAACAUUUUCCAAAAUGAAUGCAGGAAAGAAAAUCUUGCAAUGAAGUCUGAAUACCUAAAUUGUGAAGGAAAUAUGGGUGUCUUAUAAUAUACACUUCAGCUUUAGUUUAAAUAUUGUUACACAAGGAAUCAAAAGAUAAAUGUUCUGAACAGGUUGAUAAUACUACAUAUCAAAAAUGAUAUACUGUGGAAUCAUUUUAAUUUGUAGGGGUCACUGUUCAUGGACAAACAAAAUUUAUUUUUUGGUUAUUGACAUAAUUUCUUGAGUAACUUGUAUAUACUGUAAACCAACUUUUAUUUGCGACGACUUUAUUUCGCGAUUUACCGGGGAUAAACUAGUUCGCGACGAUUAAUUUUCGCGAUUAGGCCUAUUUUUAUCUGUUGUUCAUAGAAAGAGAGACUUUAAGGACCGGUUCGCGGCGAGAAAUAUUCACAAUGACGAGGCUCUCGCGAACCUCACGAAAAUUUCUCGCACACAAAUAAAAGUUGGUUUACAGUAUAAAGGAUGUGUUGACGAAAUUUUGGUUUGUGGGGAUGUAAAUUCAUAAGAAAGGGCUGCCAAGAAUUCAUGAACUGGACCUCCCACAAACAUUGAGGAUUCCACAGUGAUUUCAUAAUACAAACAUGUAGUUGUGAUUGAAGUGUUUCUAAGGAUUCCUUUAUAAAAUGAAAGAAUAAAAAAGUUGUUCUAUUAUUAAUAUAAAAAGGUUUAUAAUGCGUUUUUUUUUUUUUUUUUUAUAAUAAAAGUUUAAUUAUUAAGUGUGAAAAAAAAAAAAAUCUAACCUCCAAUUAUGGUAAUGAAUAUAUUUUGAUGCCAAAAAUGAUUAUUAUUCUAUGUCUGCAUUUUAUGAAAACAAAAUCUAUGCUGUAUUUACAUGUAUUUAUAUAAAUUUGCUGUUUGGUGUAGAUUACAAAGUGCUGUUAUGUGCAUCAGUUCAUAGUAGGUGCAAUGUUUAAAAAGAGCAGAGAAAAUUUCCCAAAACGUUUUAGUUACUUAGUCAUGUUGAUUAUUGAGAGUAUUAACUUAAUGAAUUAUUUCUCACUCCCAUGAAAUCUGUCGUAGAAAGAAAAUAUAGUUGUGAUUUCAUUAAGAGUCACAUCACUGUUUUGGUAACAACAGCUGUCUUACAUCAUAGGUGUAGGACAGCUUAAUAAAUGCCCAAGAUUCUUCUUUAGAUAUGAAAAUAAUUCAUUAUAAAGUUCAGGUAUGUAAAACAAUGCAAUGUUGAAUAUUAUACGAGUGGAUUUGGUUAGCAGAAAGGCAGUCGUAAUUGGAAAUUGAAUAAACAAUUAUGAUGUUUCA